AUGGUGAACAGCAUGGAAGGGUCUAAGUCUGAGGACGAUGAAGUUGAGUAUGAGGUCGAGAGAAUUCUUGCCCAGUACAAUACCGAUGGGAAAACAUUAUACCUUGUCAAGUGGGUAGGGUACUCGGACGAACGAUGUACCUGGGAACCCUAUGAGAGCUUCUUAAAUCCUCAGACGCUGACUGAAUGGCGACAACAAUUAGCACAAGGAGACACGCUCGACGAGGAAGAUGUGGCGGCGCUCCAGGAUCGUAUGGAUGCGUAUGUUAAGGCCCAGGAGGAUAAUAGCCUUCACCAGGAGGAAAUGGAGGAAAGGCCCAUUCUAGUCAGUGUUGGGCAGAGAAGUCCUUUCUCCAGUAGGAACGGCAACGUUCAAGCUGAGUCGGAAGAGACUCUCACAUCUCAUGGAGUGAGGCGACGUUCGGAGCCCCUCUCACAGCCAGAUUACGCCCUUGUGAAGCGUCGAAGGCCAAGUGAGACUUUCCCGAUGACGUCGACAACCAAACGUCCCAGACCUGAAUCAGCCAGCAUCAACAAGAGUUCGCUGGGACAAGGUGAUACGAUCGUAGCCCAGACCCCGGGGAGGGCAAGCACGAACACCACAGCUCGAAGGACGCAGUAUCGAGCUGGCGACCAGUUCAAAAAUUUGAGGCACCAGAACAACUAUGUCAAACUUGCACGUCAAGAACCGGCCCCAGAUAUGUCAAGAAUCGAAAGGAGGGCUCCAGAUGAUUGGAUGCGUCGCGGGUCUCAGAUAUGUCCUCAGACUCAAGGAAACGUUUCUCCAAAAGACCAAGAUAAUGACCAAUGGCUGUUUGUGCCAGAUGAGCGUAACGGCGCGAAAGCCGCAGAUAAAGGAGCCCUGCUGUCUACCCAGGACGGUUCGCGGGGCGAAAGCCCAGUUUGCUUACUUGCCCGACACCAUGACAAAGAUGCGUCUUCCCGAACAACUCCUCCCGUGUCUGAACUCGGUACACGAGCUCAUGAUACGUCUCAUGAUACGUCACUUUCAACGCGGACGAUUGCGGCUCGAAACGGGCGGACCUGGCGUCAUGGAGAUGUAGUAGUACAUCUGUUGUUUGGUGAUCACGCGGUGGGGGACGUCAAGAUUCUCCAUCUGCCACCCUGGCUCAGAGUCAAGAUGUUGGCGCUGAAACAACCAUUCGAACAGACUCUGAAUGUUCAUUUUCUGGAACGCAAUGUCCUCAGUGUCGAGGCCUUUUCUGCACUUGCUCGAAACGUAAGGCCAGACCUUUGGGAUUAA